CUCGCGGCCUGAUAACCGGUGAAAGAGGAUAUGCGCACAGCGGCCGCGUUCGCGUCCGUGCCGGCGCACUCGAUUUAUCCGGAGAAGUUUCAAAAAUAAAACGCGAGUUUUAAAACGCGCGCGCGCGAUCACGUCUCUCACUGUUCUAAAAAUGCAUUCGUCUUGGCUCACGUCAGUUGACCACUAUUAUUUAUAAUACAUCAUUAACACGCCGCGCGAAUAAUUGCCAUCGAAAAAAUAUAAUUUGACAGAAUAUCAUCGCAUCGAAGUACCUACCUUUGUUGUACAUUCGAAAACACCGCCGGAACUCCGUUCGCGUCAAUAUCGUUAAUUGUUAUUAUUUUUUUAAAUUAAAAUCAAGUUUGUUUGGUGAUUUUAUUUUUUUUUUUUAUUAUAAUCGAGGUUUUUUCCCCCUGCGACGUAUUUACCGCUUGGUUGUCCGUAUUUCCACAAAUCUUAACGCACGUCUAAGAAAAAAAAAAACCAUGGCUCAGUUAAUAAAAUUACAAUUGUCCAGAAACGAUCAAUCGUCCCCGUGGGGAUUCCGAUUGCAGGGCGGCAAAGAUUUCGGAACGCAAUUGCUCAUACAAAAGGUAAGAAAUAUACGAUUUGCCGCAUUAAUAAUGUUUAACUGAUGUUAUGUUAUACCCGCAAAGUUAAAAUGAAAAAAAAAAAAAAAUGUAUCCAUAAAAUAUGCAUAUUAAGUAUUCAGUUAAUGAAAACCAACACGAAUAUCGGAUAGGUAAAUAUAGGAACAUCAUAAUGUUUCAUCACGUGUAGAAUUUAGAAAUACCAACACAAUAAUAGUAUACGUAUACAAUCACAGUGUACAUAAUAUCGCAUUAUAAAAAUCGACAUUUAACUAUAUAAUUUGAUGUGAAGUCAUAACGUUUUAAAAUAUUAUAAUAUUUGUAGAUAUAUUCUGUUUGAAUACCCGUAAAUAGUUUUAAAUUGGGAUAGUUCGUAUAUUAUGUUAAUUAUACUUAUUUAGUUUAAAUUACAGAUUUAAUAGAAUUCGAGCAAUUAAAAGAAAAAAAUAUACAAUAUAUGAAUAGAAUUAUGUUUUAAUUAUUCAGAAGUGGAUAAUAAUUUUUGUGUACCUAUUAUUAUUAUAGAUUCGCUCAUUGAAAUUAAUGCACUUACACGUGUAUAUUAUAUUUAAAUUAUCAAGACCGAUAAGUUACGGGCAUUUAAUUUUAAAGUGGGUACCUAUAUAAUAUCAUUUAUAGGUACCUACUAAAUCUACAUUUUUUUUUUUUUUUUUUUCCAUUAGUUCAACUAUAAAUAAUAUGUUGUGUAAUCAAAAUAAACAUACAGAUACAUUGCACUAUUUUGUAAUAUUAUUGUAUUAUUUGUUCAACAAUUUGGAAAAAAAAAAAAAUUGGUACUAUAUAUACAUCUAUAAUAUAUAUAAGUAUAUAUUAUGUUUAUAAAUCGUAUCAUUUCUAACAGGAAACGGAAUUGGUGUAGGUUAAAAUUGUCGGAUAUUUUUGUUUUUGAUUGUUUGUAAACUACUAUCAGCGUGUUUUGUGAUAAAUUUCCAAGUCAAGGUGCUUCGUUAGUUCAGCCAACAUAAAUUCCAUUCAAAAGAACUCGCAGAGCAGUGAAACAAUUCCGUUAGUAUGUGUUUAAUCCGGAUGAGUUAAGAGUAUUUUUCUAUUUAUACGUGUCUAUGCGUAUUGGCCUUCUGUAUAGUUUGGGCAAAGUUCCCACUGUCACAAAUUAUGUGCGUUUAUGUUACAAUCACUUCGCGAUCUAAUUAUCCCGAUUUUUCAGUUUACGCCGGUAACAAUGAUUUUUUCAUCGUAUUGUGCACUGUUCAAAUUGUGCAUUUUCGGAUGAUUUUCGGUGGAAAACUGCGCGAGACGCUAGUGUAGACUUUAUGGUCCAGAGGAGUUGCGUGGAUAAUUAUCUUAGACGCGGUAUAUUGGUUUGGCAGCCAAGCAGAAACAAAAUAAAAUACAAAAAAAAAAAAAAAAUAAUAAAAUAAAAUAUCUAUUAUAGCAUUAUGUCCGUGAUGACAUUUGUGGCUCUAGUAAAUCACGAUUCUCCCACGAUUACAAUGACCCCUGCCUACGGUACGUUGUAGGCACAAUAUAAAACAAAUAUAUAUAUAAAUAUUUAUGUAUGUAUGUAUGUAUGUAUGUCUGUAUGUAUAUUGUAUGUGUAUAUAUAUAUAUAUAUAUAUGUAUAGGUACUUACUUCUGGUACCUAUAUCUAAAUAUUUAAUUCAAGAUUGGGCCAUUGCCUGUAUAGUAUUACGGAAUUAUGGGUCAUUAUAAAUCAUCGAAAAUAAAACGAAAAGUAAUUAGGUGUUAUUAUUUUGUUAUCUAUUAGAAAUGUUGAAAAUAUUAUAAUCACUUGGCCAAUAUUGCAAUGUAUUGAGAAAUGUUUGUGAAUUUCCAACGGGUAAAAUGUAUUAUUCAACAGGUACGCGUUAAUUUUACUCAAUUUAUACGUAAAAAUCAUUGAACACUUGAAUUUUAAUUUUGUUUUUCUGUAGGAAAUUCAAAAUUAAAUAUUUAAAUUGUUAUUAUUGUAUUGUUUGUGUCGAACGGAAAUUUUAUUAGGCGGCCGAUGCAGGAGAAAAAAAAAAAUUAAUAAUAACAAAACCGAGAAUAAUCGUAUAAAAUAAUGGAUAAACAACUACGUGUAUUGGCAACAAAUGUGACCAAAGCAUAUGCAUGUGUUGUUGGCGAAGCACGGCGUUUUGUGGGCGAUAACGUAAAAUCGGGGCUAAUUGUUUUGAAUAAUGUGUCGGCACGAUAAAAGGUAUAAAUAAUAAUAGAACAGCCAGCGAGAAUAUUUUUCGUUUUUAUGAAAUAUAUUCAUGAUGUCUUCAGCGGGUCGAAAUCGUUUCAAAAUAUCUGUAAUUCGAAUACGUAAUAUUAUAAUAAUUGUAUAAUAUUAAUAAAUGUCGGUGAAAUGGCCGAAUAGGAUAACAGAUUGACAUUAUUUAUGGUUCGUGCGUGUUCGUUAACCGUUGUAAAAUGAAAAUAAUAUGAAUUGAUUAAGUUGACUGAAAUAUUUUCAACUAAUAGAGAUUAUCAUGUCGGUAUAGCAAAACCAUUUUUUAGCACUAUACAUUUUGAAGGGGCGCGUACAACAACAAAUUGUUUCAACCGAUAUUCGUUUGCAAAUGUUAUAACACUUGUGUAAACAACACUUGUACUGCAGUUGUAGGUGUGCAUUGUUGUUUCGUUGACGCUAUUUAUUUGUCGCGGAUAAUAAAAUGUACUGAUACGACCUUUGGGAUUACAAAAUACACCACACAACUGGGUGGAUAUUAAAAUGUUAUUGUAAUCGUUUUGAAAUAAGUUUAAGUUUAUUGUGUCCCGUACGGUUUUGCCGAUGUAAUAUAUAGGACGAACACAAAAUUUAAAAAACUGAAACCGUGUCACCUCCGGUCCUAUCACAGAUAACCGUUAUUGUCGGUUUAAUUUGUUCGCUUUAUUUAUGCUUCCUUUAAUAACAAUAAUACCUAAAUGUUUUUUUUUUCAUCCGUGUCGGAGUAACCCAUAAACGAACAAAAAAUAUUCAAUUUUUCGUUCCGAAAAUUCAAAAACUCUGUGUCCGCUACAUUUUAGGAAUUUAAAAUCAAAAUUACGGCUUCGAAAUAUAUACAUCUGAGGAUCCGUUUUUGUAUGCACGUUUUCAGACCUUUGCCUCCGCGACCUCGCGCUCAAACGAACGGACUAACUAAUAACGGACUUAUUGAAUAUAAAUUGUAUGCAAUGCUACUAAAAAUAUGUCUACUUAAAAAAAUUAUAUUUCCAAAGUUAAGUAGGCAAUCAGAAACAUGUUUAUCAUCGGAAACAAAGAAAAAAGAUUUAGCAAUGUAACAACAAGAUGACUCCUCAUCUUGAGCAAUUUAGUAAUUUUAAGACUAUCUAUCGCUGUUGAUUCGGCAUGUUGCAUAUAUGUCACGAAUAAUAAUAAAUUGUACCAAUAAUAAUGCAUCAUAUUGUACGCACUGACUCGUUAUUAACGUCUACUGUAAUAUGUAGGGCAAUCAAUUUUCUUUUAAUAAAUUUACAUUAUAUACCUAUACCUGCUACUUUUAAAACACAAGCCGAUGUCUUUUGAAUUGAAAAACUCGAUUAAAUAGUAGGUAUAUUAGAAAUUAUUGUUGUAGGUAUAAAAUACGGUAUAUUACUAAUCAAUUACCAGCUAGAUUUAUUUUCUUUUAAUGGAAUAAAUGAAUCACAAUAACAUUAAAAUAAUACGAUAAACAAUAUCGUUUUAAUGAAUAGUACAGUUUUCUGACGGUAUAGGUACAAUAUCGAACAACAUAAUAAUAUAACCGCUGAAUGGGGACAUUUCAAAAAUGCAUUGUAAGAUUUAUUUACAUUUUCCGCUAAAAAAAUAUAUUACCUACUAAAAACCUAUGCAUGACCAUUAAAAUAGUAAUCAGCAGUUUACGAAUAAUAUAAUAAUAUACGUGUCCAAUAAAUUUUAAUAUAGGUAGGAACUAGGAACCUACAUCAAGCAGAGAUGGUUUUUAUUUUCGUAAUAACUGUCUGUAUCAGAUGUUUGCGCAUCAUGAUAAUUUAUGCUAUCCAAAAUGUGUCCGUGUUGAAACGUUUCUAUUAUUUGACCAUACUAUGGACUAUGAAGUGAAAUUUUAUGAUAAUUUAUGUCGUGUUUCCUUUAUAGGAAACACGACAUUAUUUAUUUACUGUAUUAUUACAGUAAAUAAAUAAGAACAUUAAUAUAAUACUGUUUUUUAUUAUAAUAAUAAAUAUUAAUAACUUAUACAUAAAUAUUAUACCGAACACAUAUUAUACAAUACGAGGCUUUUCAUUAAAAUGUAUAAUGUACUACUCAUUAUGAAACUUAAUAAAAAAAUGUUUAUAGUUUUAUUUCUUAAAUUAAUUUUUACACUCAACAAUUUAAUGAGCUAAUUUUUAUACGUGUAUUGUGCAUCGGUGCAGUAGCCGGAAAGAUGAAGGCAUUCGGGACACGUGAUUCCCCCGAUAUCUUUUGUUUUUAUUGUUAUUUCUGUGUAUUAAAUCGUUAUAAAAAAAAUAAUUUGUUUUGCUAAGUAGGUAUUGUUGAGCAUUUUCUAAAAAUUGUUAAUUAUACUCGCAUUGUAUUUAUGAAACGGGAUUUAUUUUAUUAAGUUGAAAAAAAAAAAUGAAUUCGAUUUAUUAAAAUACAAUAAAUAUAUUUUUGGCCCCAGAGAAGAAGGGCUUUCAGUAAGUCAAUUUCGUAUAAUUUUCGAUAUAAACAAAUUAGACCAAAAAAGAAAAAGAAAAAAAUUACAUUAGAUAAAAUUGUAAAAAAAAUGACUUUUGCCCUUUUUUCCUGGGACGGAAGGUAUACCUACUAUUUAAUUAAUGAUCAAUAUUUAAAAAACUUGUUUAAAACAAGUAAAUAUGUAUAUUAUUAGUUAGUUACGGAAAGUUUGAAUAAUAGAUCGAAUUUACAAUAAUAUUAUAAAUAUGAAUUAUUUUUUUAUCUAAAAGUCAUAAAUUGUAUAUAUUUAUUUUAUAAUAUUUUAUUAUCAAUUUGUUACGCGUUCAAUUACAAUCUUUACUGAAUUUGAACUUAGUAUUAUAGGAUGAUGGGCGGUUGAAAUAACUUUAACUAUUAACAAAUAUUUGUAAUUAUAAUUUAUAAUAUUCCAUAAUUUAUUGUUAUAUGUAUUUAAAAUAUUCUAAAUCAUUCAAAGGAAUAUUUUUUUUUUUAUUUUUUUUUUUUGUUUCAUUCCAUUAUCAAAACAUUCAUAAUUAAACCGUAUACAACUAUUAUGUAUAGGACGUAGGUAUAUAAGUACCUACAUGAUUACUGAUAUGAGUUUAGAAUUUGUCAAACGUAUACAUAUUGAAACGGCAUAACGUUUGUAGGACUAUUAUGUGUAUAAUGACGUCGUUAAGUCGUUGAAUGCCCGUAACAUCCGAAGGUUUGAAAUAUAUGUUUGCAAAAUAUAAUAUCCGUUUGAUGUCACGUUGUCAACUUCUCAACCUCUGUUAUAAAUGCAAUGAGUCGCAAAAAAAAAAAAAAAACCAGCCUAAAACAACUCAUACGUGUUUUUAUCACUUCUGAUUAAAUAUUAAAAUAUAAAUGAGAGCACUAGAAUCUAUAAAAAUAUUUUUACUGAGAAUAUCCUGAGUGUUUUUUUUUUUUUGGUCUGUGAGCAAUCAAAAAUCUUACUCCGAUCAUCAAAUUUAGAAAAACUUCGGAAAAACAUAAACAUGUACGCAAUAAUAAUUUCUGUUGUUUUCGAUUUUUUUUUUGUUUUUUUGUUAUUCAGUUAAAAAUAUAUUAAUUUAUAAUUUUUUAAUUUUAAUUUGGCUUUAUGCGGAUUAAAUUGUUUCGGCCCAAAUUUAACCCAAAUUUCAUCAUAAGUGGUAAUAAAUGGUAAAAAUAAAAAAUGUUGAACGUAACAUAGGCAUUUUUUUUUUUUUAUAAAAGUUUUAAAUUCAAAUUUUGACGAAAAUCGUAUAAACCACGUCAUUUUGUAAACAAUUCUUUGAUUUGUUUGGAUUCUACUUUUUAGCAAAACUGUUCAAAAAUUUAAACCAAAAAAUAAUUAAAUUAGAUUAAUGUUUAUCAAAACAUCGAACUUCGCUCACAAUCGUUUAUCUUUAUCAAUGAUUUUUCAUUGUGUAUAGUGUAUAUAGAUAUCUAUAAACUAUAAUUUAUCCUACAUAAUCUACCUUUCCAACUUCACGCCAACUACAGUAGCACCAACACUCAUGGAGCGAAAUAUGUCGUCUUUUAUCUCUAAUAGUAUUUAUUAUGUUAUUCAUAAUAUUUCAUUCAUUAAUACAAACAAAUUACCGAUAAUUUGGUCUUGAUCCGUGAAAAUUAUAUUUUCAAAUAAAGUUAUUUUUAAAUUUUUCGGAAAUAUUUUUUUUGGGUUACAGAUAUUCAGAAAAACGUUUUAGAACAGGUCAAAUGUUCAGGGAGCUAUGCCAGAAAGUGAAGUGUGCAUAAAAAUUCGUUUUGGCAAAAAUAUUGGUUUUAGCAAUUAAGUUUAAUAAAUCAUUUUGUAAAAUUAUUAAUUUGGUUAGCAAUUUUAGAACUUCGAAACUAACAACCAUCCCAGAUCAUGUGUUAAACUAUUAACACACAUUGAUGUUUUGUUUUAUUAUUUACGGAACUUCCUAAAAUCACUGUAAGCAUCUGCUAUAACCUUCAUUAAUAUUAAAAACUAUAAAGACAUCUGUUCCGUUGAGUAAAUAUUAUAUAAAUAAAUCUAACAAUAAAAAGGAUUCGGUCAUAAUUUAAAAAUCAAGUGGUUAUAAAUAACGAUUAAAUAAAAGUGAAAAACAAAACACCAUAAGGGUUUCUAUUUCCUAUAAGGCUAUAAAAUUUUAAAGAAACGUCUCACGUGGGAUUUUUAAUGGGUUCAUUCGUGUUAGGUUUACAUGUUUAAUACGAGUACUGGGCAAAAUAAUAAACAAGAAACAAACUUGGUGAAAACGCUGUAUCUGAAUGUAUUAACAAAGAAUUUAUUCAUAUAAGUGAAUCAAAUAGUUAUAGGUCAUAUUGUACGAAAAUAAUAACUUUUAUUUAACGUAAACACUUAAUACGUCAUAUAACUACAUUAAUUUCAUUUGAUUUUUAAUUUUUUAGUCGGUUAAAUAAACAAUAUGUCUAAUGUAUAAACACAAUUAGAAAAUACUUACAUACAUAUUUAUGCAUGCAUGUAAUUUUAUAAACUUAUAAAUAUCACAUAAGACGAUAAUUAUAGCUAACAUUAUUAAUCCUAUAUUGAAUAAUAAUAUGAAACGGCACUAUAUAACAAGCAGCGAGACAUUUUACGAAAUUAAUUUGUUCAUUUUAAAAUUAAAAUGGUUUAUAAUAAAUUUGUAAAAUAUUAUGACAAAGUUUAAACAUUAAAAUUAAAUAAAAUGUAAGCAAAUUCAUUGUUAAAUAUUUUAAACGUUUAUUUUUGAUAUACACAAAAUUUAUACUGAAAUAUUAAAUUAUAUUAUACAAUACUAUAAAUAGGUAUAUACUAUACAGUGUCCAAUGGAGUUUAUCAAAUGCAAUAACUUUUAUUUCGUUCAAUAGUUUUAAUUUUUCCUUUAUUGUAAUAAUUACUGGAGCUUUGGGCUAUGAUUUUUAAAUUUGUUUUCAUAAAAUUAAAGAUAAUUAUAAAUUUAUUUUGAAACAAAAUUUGACAUUACAAAUGGUUACUAACGAUAAGCCGUUUUUGUAUAAUUUUGUACAACUUUUUGAAGUUUAGGAUAGUUUAAAUUGUUUUCAAUAUCAUUAAGUACUAACUAAUAUCAGUCGAUAAUUGCCAAACUAUUGAUUCGGCAAUUUUUCUAUGAAAAAUAAUUUUAUUAGUAAUUUUUGAAAACUGAUAUUUUGUUUCAAAAUAUAUUUAAAAAAUGGCUACAUUGUGUUUUGUAAAUACAAUUUUUAUUUUCAGUCUUAAAAAUAGAGGAAUCGUAGCACAAAGAAUUAGUAACAAGAAAAAACCAUAAAAAUACACCGUUAAAAACACUCUGUAUAAUUUCAUGUAACAUACUUACACGACAUAUUAAUUGUACGCCUAUUAUACUAUCCUAUCUCAACUUGUUAAAAGUUAAUUUUAAAUUAUUAUUUGCACUACUUUUUUCAAACCUACAUAGUGGACAGACAUUUUUGGUUAUAUUGCCAACAAUUCUAAAAAUAGAACAUUUUAAUUUGGUUGAAUGAAGCCAAAUUUCUGUAUAUAUAAUAUAUAUAAUUAUUAUAAUUAUAUACCUAAUUAUAAAAUCCCUUCAAUUCUUAAUCAAAUUAAUCCUUUUUUUUCAUAAUGUUCGUGAUCUUAAAAUGCAUUAUAAUAUUAUUUUACCUAGUUCCUACUCUAUACAUUUGGUGUGUCAAUGAAUAUUCUUUAUGGUCAUUGACAAAAUAUUUCCUGAUUAAUGAAAAUGAUUAAACCAUCGGUACUAUGUUAUUAACAACACUAGUAAUAUGUUUCGAUAGUAAUUUAAAAUCUGUGGCUAAAUAUGUUAUAUUAAAAGUGUUCCGAAGUGGUUUCACCCCCCAGUAUUUAUUCUCAACACUUACAAAUACAUAUGUCAAUGACAAAGUAUAUGUUGUAUUCAAGUCAUUCAAAAUAUUUAUAAUAUUUUUUUGAAAAUGAACAGUUUUAGGAACCAAAUAUUUUUUUUUGGAAACUCCUAAAUAAGCAAUUUAAAGGCAUUUAGUCUUAUUCAUAAUAAUCAAUGUUAGCUAUACGUUAAAUAUAUUUUGGCCGUUAAAUUUACGAUUUUCGUCAAAAUUUGGUUUUAAAAUACUUAUAAAAAAUAAAAAAUACUGCAUUACACUAUUUUUUUUUAUCACUAAGUACGACCUAUUAUAAACAUCCUGUUAAAUUUUCAAGUAUUUCUGUUUAGUCUAACAAUUUUAUCCACAGAUAUCAAUACCUUUCUUAGUCAUGAACUAUAUUUAAAAUUAAAAAAAAAAGUCUCUUAUUGUUUUUCUAUUGAAAUAAUAUUUAUGGCAGAAAAUAUGAACCGUAAAAUUUUUAAAUAAUGAAAUCGUUUCGCCAUAAUUUGAAAAAAAAAAAUCGUAUUUUUCGUCUUUUUGGUUUUUCCUAAACUAUUAUGAAAACUACUUUAGAUAUAAAAAAAUUACAUUGUCUGUCAGUGGCUAUAUAUUAAAUGGAACAAAAUCUAUUUCUCGAAGGGUAUUCAAAAUCCACCAUAGGCGUACGCAGGAUUUUUUCACAGGGUGUGCUAUAUUCUUAAUGUAGGCCUUGUAUCCUCCCCCUUGAACAAAGAAUAUAGUGAAUACAAAAUAUCCAUUCGUUAAAAAUUUCAUUAAAAAAGAUUCAUUAAAAAUUAUAUUAUUCACCUAUGUAGUAUACUUGUAUUAUAUUACCUAUAUAUUUAAUAAUAUUUCACGAAAACAUUAUUAUACAUCCCAACUUAUCUUUAAUAAUAAAUUAUAACAUUGUUCAAAAUUUAAAAAAAACUUCGAUGUCAUCACAAUUACAAUAGGCCUUAAACCUAAGGCAGUGAUGAAUAAUAUCACAGUAAAUGAUUUCCGGUUGAUUUGAUUUAUUGAUUAUACUAUGAUAAUUUUUCAUACCAAAUUGCAUUUAAUUAAAUAAAACCCAGAAGUUAAUUUCGUUUUCAACCUAAAGGCACGGGGUGUGCCAUGGCACACUUGGCACCACACCCUGUGCGCACGCCUAUAAAAUCCGCUAUUUCCAGUAAAAACAUAAAAUCUGAGGGUUAAAAUGGUUAUAUAGGGAGUUGAAAGUUGAAACCACCUCAUCCUUGAUACUUACCCGAUGUAUACACAAAAUGUUGUCCCCUGACUUCAUUUGGAGGGUCUGUAGAGGCGUGCUAAAAAGUUAAAAAUACACUCAUUCCUCAAAACAUCUUAAAUUUUACAUUGAUAUACAAUAGAAAUUUGAUCAGCUUAUAGAAACAAUUCUAAUUCCCGAGUAAGGUCAGAUGGAGCCGCUUAAAGUGUCCAAAUGUAAAUUUGAUCUAUGCGCAUAUAUCUGUGUAUAUCUGUUUAUUACUUUGCAAUAGUGCCUAUUUUCAGGGAAAAUUCGACAUAACUGAAAUUCAAAUAGUGGGCAAAAAAAUAGAUUUAUUAAUGUAGUAUUAAUGGAUUUAAAAACUCGUAGUAAAAUUCAUAAUUCCUAUAACUAGUUAAAUCCAUCAUUUAAUUUUCAAUAUUAAUUAACUUAUGACGUGUCUAAUAUUAUAUUGCUAAUAAUAAUAAUAUUAAUAAUAACUAUAAUAUAAUAUUAUCAUUGAGUCAUUGCCCAUUGCUUAUAAAGCAUAUUUGUUUGUAUACGAGUAUUAGCCAUAAGUUAUGAAUGUUAUGAUACGUAAUAGUUAGUUUAGGUUAAGUUAGGUGGGUAAAGUUAGGUUAAUAUUAUACGUAAUAUGUAUAGAAAUACUUAAUUGUUAAAGGUUAAACACGUUUUAGAUUUCCAAUCGGUUAACAGGAUUCGCAUAGAAUAUAUAUAUAUAUGCAGUAGUCUAAUCGCAAAUUACGUGAUUUUAGUAUAAAAAUAAUACUCGUUCGUAUUAUUUAAAUGAGUCAUAUAUCUAAUAAAAUCUCAUACGAAUUUCUUUAAACCUCGUAUAUAGUUACGUGUUAGGUAAAACAUUUAUUUUUCAAGCUAAAUGAAAACAAUAACAACAUAGGAAUGUUAUUGUUUGAAAAAUGUAAAAUAUAUUUGUGUUCAUGAACUACAAAUAAAGGCUGGGUUUUUUUCUUUAAAGGAACAAAAUAUUUAUAAUUUGCAAUAUUGUGAUAAGUAAAGAUACCUCAAAGAUAUUUAAAGUCUUUAGAAAAAAAAAAUUGCGUGUAGAUGUGUGUAAAUUAAACGAAAUUUUAAUCAGCUGAAGUUUUUCAAUUGAAAUGUAUAGCGAAUUUAUGCAUUACUUGCACUAUUUAAUCUCGGAAAGAUUAUUAUAUCAGUUUUUAUAACUAAAAUUAAAACUAUAUAAAACUAUGAAAUUAAUUAAAUAGACUUGAAUUAUUGUUUUAUUUUUUUUAUAUAAGUCAGUGAUAUUGUUUUUGUAAGGUAAAUGUAAAUUGCAGUAUUGUUUAUUCUUGUAUUUCUAACAAAGGCUAUCAUAUAUUUACAAUCAAAUUUGUUUUAUCCUUCGUAUUCUAAUCGCAUAAUAUAUUAUAAAAAUAUAAAUAUAAAAAUGUUUUGCCUAAUUUUUAUCUUUGUUAUUACAGUCAUUCUUUAUGAUUAUGUUUUACGUUUUUGUUUAACAUUCUGAUCGGUUUGUGUAAUUUUUAAACUGUUUUAAAGAGAGCAGGCACCUUCGUAUUAAUCGUAUUAUUAAAUAAUAGUUUGAUAAGUGUUUUAUUUUAUCUCAAGGAAGUAAAAACGAAUGCAUCAAAAAUGUAUCUAUCAUUAGAUAAGAAAUUCAAUAUUUAGAUAUUACUAGGACCGAUAAAAAACAAAGACAAUAUUUUAAUCAGAUUUCUAAUGUAAAUUUGUGUAGCACUUAUUAUCAGACAGGUACUUGUAGAUUACUCAUUGAUGAUUUCUUAAUAGGUAUUGUAUAUUGUUCGUAGCGUAAAUCAGUAAACAUUUUUAUUUGAAUGUGAUCAAUUAUUUCAAAAUAAUUAUAAAAUUAAAAAAUGAUACAUGAACUAUUUAGUUUUUACAUACAAUUGUUUAGAUUCUAAACGGAGCUAGGAAUGUAUUUGUUUUACAAUAAUGUUUAUUUAUUUACUUUUUUUAUGUGAACACUUUUUCUACCAGAAAGCUUACGCCAAUUAUUAAGUAUAGCACUUUUCUCGAAGGAAAAUGUUCUAUGGGUAAUAUUUAAAACAGGUCAUUUUUUGAAAUUCUUAUUAAUAUAUUAGAUAAUCAGGAAAAUCUGGUUCUUUAGGUUAAAAAAAAUUUAAAAAUUUAAAAAUAAGGUUAUCGCUAGCAACCAUUUUUAUUUAUUUUUUGUUAUUAAUAAGGUUUUAUUAUUUUAAUAUUUGUUAAAAAAUCAUUGUUGUCAUGGAAACGUGCACUGUUAAAGAAGCAAUACUAUAGACCGAGCUAUAUUAAAAUAAAAUAAAUUUCGAUUUCAAUACAUUAUUUUAACUAUUAAUCUUUAUAUUAUAUUUCUUUAUUCUAUACUAAAGUAUCAAUAUCAACUGUACUCCACUCAGAAUCGUUUAGGUUAGGUUAAUGAUCAUGUUUAGCAGGUGAAUGGUACUAUAUUGGUCACAAGUAGUUUAAUAGUGGAUCUGAAACUAAUUUAAGGGAGGGGUAAACUGAGCAAAAUUUCGUGGCUCCAUUUAUUUUAAAUACUCUAUAUGCAGUUGAAUACACUUAAUUUAUUUUUAUAUUAAAAUGGUUUUACUAUGAAAUGUGCUUUUUUUUACAAUUUUUCGAAAGAUUAUCUUGUCCCGAUGCUUAAAAUAUAGUUUCUUUUCUGAAAGGGAAUUUUCUUUUUAUGCAGUACUUUAUAGAGGCCAUUUUUCGAUUUUUCCAGAAGUUUUCCAAAUAAAUGGGGAAAAACAGGGAAAUGUACGAAAUAUAUUAGAAAAAUAUUACGGUUACUUUUGAGCUAUUUAUAGGCGUUUAUUUUUUCAAGGUUAUUACGUAAUUUUUACUUGAUAAGUACUCUGUGGGUAAAAUUAAUGGAAUAAACAAGAAUGCUUGAAAAUUUGACAGGAGGUUCAUUAUAAGUUAUAAAUAGUGAUCAAAAAAAAAUUAAGUACAAUGUAGUAUUUUUUUAUUUUAUAAAAGUUUUAAAAUAAAAUUUUGAUGAAAACCGUAAAUAUUCUGGCCUUUUAAAACAUAUAUAAUCGAACUCUACUCUGAAUCGUUUCCCGUUACCAAUAGUUUAUCGUUGAUUACAGGUAUAAAUUUGAAUAUCUUUAUGUACUCACCUCACCAAUUACCCACCUACAAGAGUGGCCGCACCCGACCCCAGUAUCAGCUUUUUUUUUAUGUCUGUGAACAACUUUGCCAACAACUAACCUAACCUUUCAGGUAUCUUAUUUUAAUUGAAAAAUAACAAGAACUUUUUUUAGAGUUUAAGAUCUAGUUGGUACUUAGAGGAAGUUAUUUUUUUUUAUUCUUUUAGCAGUUUUCAUAAAAGUUAAGAAAAACCGGGUAAAAAUAGAAAACGAGAAAAUGUACGCAAAAAUGGUUUCGUUAUUUUCAAUUUUGUUCUUUUGUUGUAAUUUAUUUAGCUUGUAUUGGCUUUUUCUAGACGUGGACAAUUUUCAAAACAUUCUGGCUGUCAUAGAUAUCAUUAAUCCGUUGUUAUAAUCAUGGUCAACGGACAUUGCCUAACAAUCAUCAAAUACAUACACAAUCUACCGUUUAGUUCCAGCAUAGAUAUGUAGUAAAGAUAUAGACAGGCCAUUUCUAAAACAAUUGAAUAUUAGACGAUAUCGAAUAAAAAGAAAACGCCUUCUUUAUAAAUUUAUCGGGGAAUAAAGAUAAGAUUAAUAUAGCCUAUCCUCAUCUUUAUUAUAAGUUUCAGUAGGUAACAAUUAAAAAAAGGAUAGAAUACUCCCGUUACCCCACCCUCUCCCCCACAAAUCCGCCACAGAAAUGGCUGUAGUAUAAGCGUAUUUUAGGUGUCCUCCAGUAAGUACAGUUUCAUUUUAACAAUAAAAUAAGUGUACCAUUUUACUUAUCACUAGUUUACUUUAUAGAAUAUGUAGAUAUAGUAUAAUAUUAUCAUGCAUGUGUAUGUGUGUCUGUCAGUGUGUAAUGUGCAGAUUAUAUAUUUUAUUUUAUUUUUGUAUACUUUUAUUAACAAGAUAAUGUUACAUAUUAUAUUUUAGAAUCUGAGUUUAUUGAAGAAGCUAUUAAAGUUUUACUAUGAUUGGUGUUUUCUUUUUUUUGGGAAAUACUUUACAGCUAGUAAAAAUAACUUGAAUUUUUCAUAACAUACUUUAAAAGAUACCGAUAUUUUGCUCGGUGUUGCCUACUUCUUUGAACAAUUUUUCAAAAUAUUCAAUACUUUUUAGGGUUUUUUAAAAACAUUUUUUUAAUUAGGCAAAUGCUCCAAUUUUUUCGCGCAAUUCCUCAAAAUAUGCAUAAAUUCUACAAGGUGAUAGGUACUUAAUUUUAAAUUGUAUCGACAUUUUCAACAAUUUAUUUCUAGAUUAUUUUUUUUGUUUUUAAUUAAUUUUUGAUGACUUUGGUAAUAAGGAGGAAAACGCGUUUAAUACUACUCCACUCUGCAAAAUCGUUUUUCGUUUCCAAUGAUUCAUUAUUUUUUCAAUUAUACCUCAAUUUACUGGGAUCAUCAGAUAAUACAUUGUUUAGUAUCUUUUUCAUUUAUUUAUAUAUUACUGUUAUCUAGUUUUUAUUUAUUUUUAUACUUAAUAAAAAAUAAAAUAACCGUGCAUACCUAUUAUACAAUUAUAAUAAAGUAAAAACACUAGAAACACCGGGUUAUUUUCCAGUAAAUAAUAUAUGGAUAAUAUUUAUCUUUAAUAAGAAUAUUAUUUUGAGUACAUUGUAGCAAGUUUAAUUAACGCGUAUCAUCGAACCUACUAACGUAGGUAUAUAGUUAGAUUAUAUCUUGUGUACCAAGGUAUUAAACAAACUUAGAAAACAUGUCUAUGGUAGUAGUGCUCUUAAGUUUCUCGAUUCUUCAAAUAAUGUUUAUAUGUAAUAUGAAUGUUUCGUGCAGGAUUCAGGUGAGUUCUUUGAACUUCAGGGUAAAUGAUUUAAUCUACCAUAGGCUUUACCGAAUAAUCAAUAUCAAUAUAAUCGUAGGAAUCGACAUCGAGCUACUAAAAGCUUUUAGCCUGGCACGAUAUGAAUUGAUAGAUACUUUAAUAUAAUAUAUUGAAGUAUAUAAUCAUGCUAAUUAGAUGUAUUAAUCUUGUCAUAGCCCAUCUGUAAAGUAACAUUUACAUAAAUGAUUGUCUAUUAGUAACCACCUAGGUAUAUCCAAUUAAUGGUGCCAAAAUAAAAAUAUAACAUAUGAGUUAGGUGUUAUUUUGUUGCUUUCAGUUUGUCUUUGUUUCUGAAAAAGUCUGUCUCGCUUAAUUUAAAAACGUCACAUAUCGCUUUGGAAGUUUGCCUCUGAUCUAUAUCAAUUCAAUAAUUAUCUUGGUCAUAUUAUGGGAAAUGAAACGAAAUACGACUUACUGCAGUCCAUUAUUCUAGGAAUAAUAAAUGAAAAAAGAGGUUUGGGACAUUCUCAAACAUCUAUGCAAAAUCUCAGCUCAUGGUAUAAUAAAAUGUCGAUCGAACUCUUUAAGGCAGCCACAGACAAAGAGGUGAUAGCCAAGAUGGUCACUAACAUCCAAAAUGGAUAGGCACUACAAGAAAAAGGAAAGACCAUAAAAAAUACUUUAACUAUAAGUUAUCACAAUAUUUCCACUGUUCUAAAACACGUUCAUUGAAAAAAAUGUAUGAUAAUAUACUUGCUACUUAAUUAGGUACUAUUUAUAUACGAAUAUAGGUUUAAACAUCAUAAUCUUAUCUAAUACCUAACGCCAGAAAAUGUUGAAAACUGCACCAUAUAUAGAAAGUGUUAUGUAUUUCAGUGAACAUUUCAGUUUAGGUUUUACAAUUAUUUUUCAACUGAAUUAAAACAAAAAAACAAAAUCAACAAUAAUGUGAACCGUAAUUGUGUUAAUUUUCCCACUUUUCGACGUUUUUUCCUAAUUAUUAAAAGAGUUAUAAGAAAAAUCAAAAAUGAUAACCCCUUCAAAAUCCUAAUGCACCAACGGGGCAAAGUUCGCUACUAUAAACCACCCCUGAAGUUGAUGAUGCAAGCAACAUUUCUGAUAGUAAAGUUGUUUAAGGACACAUUAAUAAAAAUAAAUAAUGUACACAUCAUAGUAAAACCAGUACAUUACUCGCUUACGCUAUCAAAAUCUAAAAUUUAAAUCCAUGAAAAUAUACUACUGUAACAACUUUAUUUGCACGCAUAUAAUAUUCUCAAACCAAUUUUUAAUCAUAUGCAUUGUCCCUAACCAUUAUAAUUAUUAUAUUCAUGACUCUUAUUUAUAAUAAUCUGUUACACUGACUAACUGUCAAAAGAAUAUAUGUAUAGUAGAUUUGUACACGUCAUAUAGUUAUAAUAAUAUCUACGGCAAUAACAGUAUAGUUCAGUUUCGGCGCUCAUUAUUACAAGAACAAUAGACGUUUAAUUACGUGCUGAGCACAAUAUGUAAAUAUUCGAACAAUAUUGAAGGUAUUUGUACUUUUUUACACGUAGUAAAACUGAGCAACAGAAAAUCUGUUUUAUUUUUCUGACACAGAAUGAAUGCAUUUGACUAUUUGAAUAUACGAGUAUUUAGUAAAUGUUAUAGUUAAUAAUAUUAGGUAGAUACCUACCAAUUGGAUUUCAACAAAAUAUUUAUGUUCCACCAACAUGUAUUAUAAAAUCCGGGCCGGAUUACAGUUAUAGUACUAAUAGUCUAAAAGAUUAUACAUACACCCAUUACAUUUUUUUUUUAAAUUCAAUUUUAUUAAUUUUUAUUAUUUAUGUAUAGUUAAAAAAUGAGUACAUACCUAGUUAUAUAUUUGAAUAUUUUUGACAGUCAUCGUAAUAUUAUAUCUAGGUACCUACUUAUAGUUUCAAAACAAUAAACUAUUAUAAUAUUAACAAAUGAUUUCUAGUAUAAGUUACCAUGACAAGAUUUCUGUCAGCAACGAUAUAUUUUUAUACCAACAAAAAGUAAUUGAAAAAGAAAAAAGUGAGACGAAACAUUGAGUCCCCCUUUGACACGCGUCCCGAGGCUACAGCCCCCUAUAGCCUGUUCAAGUCCUAAAUAAAACUAUUAAACGUAGGGUAAAUGUAUAGAUGUAUGUAUUUCAUUUUAUUUUAUUUGUUCAUAACAAAAUUGAGUAAAAUAAUUUCCAAUUUUAUGAACUUACAAUUAAUGAAACUUAUUAAAGUUGUUGGCAUCGUAUGAAUGACAGUUUUAUUAUUAAAUAAACUAUAUUUCGAAAAGCACGGUAAAGGACAUAAAUAUUUAUAAUUCGAAAAACUAAUUUAUGUGUUAAAAAUAAAAAUUUUUUACCGGUACUUAGUCAAAAUAAUAAUUUUAUGUUAUAUGUAUAUAUUUUUAAUCCAAUUCACCUUUAAAACUUGUUCGUCAGUAUAACUACCGUAUUAAGUCUAAUGUCUAUAAAAACAUUAUAAACCCAUAAUACAUAUUAUUUGGAUUUUAUAUAGGUAGGUAAUAUGCCUAGUUGAAUCUGCAUGUAAAGUAUGGGUAAAAUUAUUAAAUUUUCAAAUGACUGCAAAUAAUGUUUAGUAACUUUUAAUUGUGUACAUUUUUCUAAAUUACACACCUAUCGAAUAGUUUCAUUGCUUUAUCAGUAUAAAAAAAUACUGUAAAAAAUAUUUCUAUAAUAUAGGUACCAAUUGGAACAUCAUUUUUAUCAUUUUAUAAUCUCGUAUUGUUCUACUGACUAUAAUAUUAUAGAAUAUUGAUUAUUUAAUGUACCUAAGUAUAGUUAUUUAAAUCGUUUGAUUGAAAUCUUUAAUUAGGUAUGUAUUAUUUCUCCGGAGACUAACUUCGAGGUAAAAAAUAGCACGAUAAUGAAGUCGCAUACCUUACGUUAACAUUUUAUGUAGUUCCAUUUCUAUAUCAGCGUUUUUCUUUGGUUCACAGCAUAACUAUUUUAUAAUAAUUGGAUUACAAUAUUACAAGUAUUCCCAGAGAAAAACAUAUACAUUUCUUGGAAAUAUUUGUCGUGUUCAUAUUUCACAUAUUUUGUCAGCAAUUAGAAGAAGAAAAAAAAUCGAUUUUCAACGAACAAAAAAAUGUGUUGAAAAUUCUUAAUGCUAUUGUUUAAAAACAAGUUGUUAUAAACUAUAUACUUAGUUAUGUACAAUAUUGUAUCUCUUGAACAAUAUGUUUUUCUUCGUAAUAGUAGUUAUAAUAUUACUGUACUGUUUUGUGAUUUUUUUUUUUUUUUAUUUUGAACAUCUUCCAAUAUAAGAUACAUCUUUAGACGUGCUAUUUUUAAUUUUUGUUUUUUUUAAGUCUCAUAUUUUCUUUCAGGCCCAUUGCAAUUGUCUAGUACAUUUUCAUUUUAUUAUUUGUAUUUAUUAAUGUAUUUCAAUAUAUAUACAGGCUGUCCCACGAAGAUAUAUCCCUUGAAUAUCUCCGGACAUGAUAAAAAUAAUCAAAUUCUGUUUUUUUUUUUUUUUUUUAUUAUUACUUACAAGGAAAUGGACUAAUAAUAUUUAUGCUUGAAUUAUAUAUUUUUUUUCUUUUAAGCCUGUAUAUAAUAUAUUGUUAAAUUAUAGCUUUAUAAUUGAAUACAAAUAGAAAUAAUAAUGGUAACUAUUUUGUAAAUUCAGCUAUCCGACCACGACAGCUAGGUAUAUUUUUUAUUUAUUCAUUAGUUUCAUUAUUUUAGGUAUAGACGAUACAUAUACAAUAUUAUUAGACUACUUGUACAUAUAUACUGCUAUAAAAAUAAAUUAAAUAUUAUACAUUAUACAAUGACUUAUUUUAUCGAUAUUCACAGAAUAUCGUAUAUUAUAGAUACUGCAGACGAAAUAUUGUCCGGUUGAUGAUAAUUAUAUAAGUAUUAUAGUUAUAAGUAAGAACUGAAAUAUUGUAUGUUAUUAUACAUAACCCACACGAAAAAAAAUCAUUAUUAUAUUUUUCUCAAGUAUCUAUUUAAUGUUAUUUAAUGAUAUUGAAGUAUCAUUGUGCAAUUGACGGUUGAAUAAACAAUAGUUAUCUUAAAUGUUCUCUCCAGUUUAUGUAUAAAUGACAAAGCACAAUACACCGUCCCAUAACUUGUCCAUACACACAUAGACGCAAACACACACAAACACAUGCAUUGAAUAUCCCACAACAUAAUAUUUAUAUGUUUUGUUUUAGGUGAACUUUGGCAGUUUAGCCGAGAAAGCCGGUCUUCAAGUAGGCGACGCCUUAGUCAGGGUCAACGGCCAAGAUGUGUAUGACGUAAAACAUAAAGAUGCUCAGGAUGUUAUCCUGCGUGCUGGAAAUGCUUUUGAGCUCACCAUUCAACGGUAAGGCAAACGAUUUAUUCUUACUUAGUAUGUAGAUCUAUUAUUUGUAUGGCUUACAAUUAUUAUUGUUAGAUCGUUAAAAUUUGUUGUAAGAAUUGCAUUACUAUAAAAUAUUCACUUUCUCAUAAGAAAUAAUAACUAUCGGAAUAAAAAAAUUUAUUAUAUACUGAUCUCUAUCAAUGUUAUCCAACGAAAGAUUUUAAAUUAAAACUAUUUUAACAAUUUAGUAACAUAAAACAACACAACCGGAAAUAGUAUAAUACCUAUACACACGGUAAGCACGAGCACAUAUAUAUAAAUACCUCUAUGUAUGUAAUAUAUUUUUAUUAUAACAGUUUUUACUAUAUAAACAGAUUUUUUUAAAUUUAUGUAAAUACUAUGUCUAUUAAGUCUAAUUCAGCUAUAAAAUGAUAAUUCGCAGAGUGUAAUUUUGAUGGUUGGUCGAUUUGAAUCCUAAUAGUUAUGCCAAGAAAUUUGGUUUGGAAUUCUAUUUCUAAAAGGAAGUAAAAUUAUUGUCUCUAGUCAAACAUAUUCCUUUGAUAUGACUACAAAUAAUAUUUCUUUUUUCGGAUCAUAGCCAAGUUUGUAUAAUUUACCCAAAAGAACGUCAUGGUACAUCUAAAUGAAAAGAUAUAUUAAGUGUACCUAUUAUACAUUCGUAUUUCGUAUGGUUGUAAAUUAAGAACGAAACUAUUUAUUUUUUUCUUUCUAUUGAAAUAUGUUUGUAUUUAUGUGUAAUAAUAAAACUGUUGAUUGAAAUCGAAUUUAACCAUUAUAAUAGGAAUUGAGUUCAAAUUAUAUAUCGUGUAUGGAAUUAUUUUAAGAACUUUUAUUUACUCACCUUAACUGUUAUAGUAAUAACUAAAAAUAUAAAUUCUAGGGAUAGACUGAUACCACUUUUUACUCGAUCUACGAUUACCGAUAAAAAACCGAUAUCCGAUAUCCGCAUUUGAAUACGAAAACCGUGAGUUGAUAUUGAAAUUAACCGAUACAUCGGUUAAAACUCGAUUUGUUUAAUGCUUUUUUUACAAUUCAGAGACGCUAUAUAGACAUUUUUCUCCGAAUAUCGACCGAUAUCGAGAUCGUUUUAUAUAUUGGCCUACCCCUAUCUAAUAAAUAAUAAUUAAAUAUUUAUUAAACGACUAUAUUUUUUAGAGGUGGAACAAGUGUUUGGAAACCUUCAAUUACACCUAUUGGGCCUAGCCCAGUACCGAAUAGAUUAUCUCAAUCUCCACAACUAGUGACAAAAACAUCAUUAGCUAAAGUUGGACCACAAUCACCUGCGUUUGGUUCUUCACACAACUCUGUUACACGACCAUUUAGUGGAACUUCAUCACCUAAAGUAAUUCACAAUAUACUAUAUUACAAUUUAGGUUUAUCGUCAUUAAUUAAGUAAUAUACUCACAGGUUGGCGGAAAUGAUUCCGGAACGGUUAAGGCUAUUGUCAAUAAACAGUACAAUACACCAGUAGGUAUUUAUAGUGAAGAGAAUAUUGCCGAAACACUCACAGCACAAGCUGAAGUACUAGCCGGAGGAGUCUUAGGGUAAGUUAAUGUUUUGAAAGCUCAAAUCACAUAAUUAAAGUAUAAACAAAUUACAGAGUAAAUUUCAAGAAAAAUGAAAAGAAUUAUGAUGCUAGUCAUAGUGAAGUGCUUAAAAUGGUACAAGAAGCCGAUAAGGAACCAAGAGAUUUAGAACCAGGUUAACAAAUCUAUUCCUUUUUAUGAUAAUUUUUUAUAGUAUACACUGAUUAGAUAUUCAAAAACUAUAAGUCUUCGUAAAUUUAAUUUCUCUAUAACAUUUAAAAAUGUUCUAUAUACAGAAUUUAGACAAUGUGUUAUCGAUCCGAUAAUCAAAAGUCCUAUGCGACAUGUAUCUGCACCUGAACCAAAAGCACCACAAAAUGCUCCUAAUCAAAGCAUUUGUUCAGAAUGUGAAAGACUCGUAGUGUAAGUUAAGUGUAAAAUAAUGUGUAUUAUCUGCUUGGUGCUUAUGGUGAUGCUUUGUAAAAUAUUAGACAGAUGGGUUUUAAUAUUUUAUCUUGAAAAUGUAUGCAGUAUUUUUUAAAUUUAUAUUUGAAUUCUAAGAAUUAUCAAUUUCGUCUUGAAAGGAAAUAAAGUUUAAAAAAUUGAUUUUAUUUUGGAAAAAUAGACCUUCAAGCGAAAUUCGCAUAUUUCUCGUCUGCAAGCCAUGCGAUAGGUGGCCGUGCCACUUCACCACGUCCUAUGACACCUAUAGCAGCUGCUAUGAACAUGCCAGAACACCGAGAUCCAUACAUGGGUUCUCCUUUAAAAGAAGUAAACAAAUACUCGGAGAAUAGUCAGCUCGUUGAAUGCAACGAGUGUAGGAAAGAUAUUAUGUAAGAUAUUUUAGGUGAUCUCUUGAUCCCUUCAUUCCCAUGGUCAUCUUAAAACCCAAACCCAAACCACUAUCAGCAAAUUAACACGCGUGGCACACUAAUAUAUAUUUUAUAAAAUUACAUUAUAAUUUAUAAAUUAAUUAUAGUUUAAUGAGUAAUAAGUUAAAUUUUAAUAUAGCGGUGUAUUCGUUCGUAUCAAAGAUAAAAGUUUGCACGUUGAAUGUUUUAAAUGUGCCACUUGUGGAUCAUCCCUGAAAAAUGUGGGCUAUUACAGUAUCAACAACAAACUGUAUUGCGACAUUCACGCCAAAAUGGUGGCCAGACAAAAUCCACCGGCACCGGAAUUGGAGCCGGUUACCGUACCACCGUAGGUUAUGCAAUAGUUUUGUUUGUUUGUUUUUUUUUUUUUUUGCUUUAUAUACGGAAAAUAUUACAAUUUAUUAUAUUUUAAAAUAAUUAAAAAUGUAUAAGUAUUAAUUCAUAAAUUCAAUUUCGUUAAAAAAAAUUUAGCUAAUUUCACGUUUAUAGUGUACACACUAUACAUAUUUAAUACCCAUUGCACCAGUUGCACUUACAAUUUAAAUAGAGAUUACGGCUUCUUAAAAUUAUUUUUAUUUUUGUUUCACACACACUAUUUGUCUACUUAAUUUGUUUAAAAUAAUGCUUAAACAAUGAAAUUGUGGAUUAACCAUUUAAGUAAUUCUUAAAUACGCAAUCAAUAAAUCAUAAUAUACUGAUUACAGUUUAAAAUAUACAAACUACAGUAAAAAUCGUUUAUAAUGACAUCCAAGGGACAAGUUAAAAUUAGUCAUAACAGCCAAUUAUUGUCAUUGAACCAAAAUGAUAAAAUAAAAUUUAAAAACUUGAUUAUGUACAUGUAUUUAUAAUUAACGCGAAAAAAUAACCCCGUAUGAGUUUUUGCAUAGGGUAAUGGGUACUAUUGCAAUAGGUAAAAAUAAAAAUUAAUCUAAAUAUUAGUACUAUACUAUAUUUUGCUAUUGCGUAUUUUAAAAUUCUCUAAAAAUAUUGUUAAAUUUGAAUUCAAUGGUUAUUACUGACAUUUAGUAUUAAUAUUAUACAUCAUUUUUUUUUUUUUUUUUUACAUACUAUUAUUGACAUUUAAAAUUAAUAUGGGGUUAUUUUUUCACGGAAUUUUUUUUGCGGAGUCUAAAUUUCCGGGGUUAUUUAUUAGGCAAAUCGUAUUUAUGUGAACAUAAUAUUAUUCUAUUACAGUCAACGUGUCAUAUUUUGAUCACUAAAUCGUGACUUUAAUACAUACAGUAAAAAUAAAAUAAAAAAAGUUGUUUAUUAUUUUAAAAUUAAAUUUAAAUUGUAUUAAAAAAAAAAAAUUGUACUUUAUUUAUAAAAAAGUCAUGCAGAUUUUCCCCAUAUAACCAAAAGUAACCGUCAUAACAUUUGUACGAGUAUAUAGUCAUAUUAUAUAGACGUCAUAAUAAUCGAUACACAUUAGUACAUACAAUACAGGAGUUUUGUCGGAACCUUCAAUCUAAGGUCAACGGAUCCCAUAUGUCACUACAACCGGUUUCAUUAUAAACGGUAUACCUACUGUGCAAUAAUUCUAAUAAGAAAAAAUUCGUUUUAAAUUCGACAUGGGUUUUGGUUUUAUUUGUAGUCAAUUCAUAGUAAUAUCAAUUUUAAUUCACCUUUCGAUGGAGAGUUUAUCAUUUUUAUGAAAUGCCUUGUGGCCCAUGCACGGAUCCAGAGCAAAGAUCUGGGGGGAGGGGGCAACCUUUUUUUUUAUAACACAAAUAUAAUUAAAAUAUAACAUAAUAUAUUACUUUAUCAUACAUAUCAGUGAUUGGAAUAUAGUAAUAUCAGCACCUAUAGAAUUAUAAAAAAAAUCGGAAAAAUAAUAUUUCCCCCUAGGCCUCCUGGAUCCAUCCCUACUUGCGGCAUAGGUACAAAUAGCAUUUGAGAGUUGAAGGGGCUAAAGUCUUGACUACUAAAAUGUAAAACUAAAGUUUUUACAGAAAUAUACCUUAAACACCUACACCCCCUAAAUAAUUUUUAAUCGCUACGCUCGGUUUAAAAUGUUAUACUUUUACCUAAUUACAAUGUAACUAAACAAUAAAACUUACUACAAAUUUUUAAAAAUGCACUAUUUUAACUAUGUAGACUAUAAUAUUUAAAUAUGCUCAAAACUAUUAUAAACAAUGUAAGUACAUUAGGUACGCAUAUAUUACACACAUAAAUGCUUAAGUAUUAUUUGUUAAUUUAUACUGUCUUUGGAAAUAUUUAAUUCAAUAAAUGUAAGAAAUAUAAUAGAACACGUAUGGGAGGACAAUUGACAUUUUUGAGUGGCUAAGACCACAAAUCCCCCCCUAUAUACACUUGUACCUUAAAAAUUACCAUACAAAUUAUUUAAUUUUUGUAAAAUAUGGAUUACCUAAACAAAUUUACCUAGACAGAUUUACCCAGAUAUUUUACACUUUAGUUCAAAAUUAUUUAAAAUUAUUAAAAACUUUCGGUUUCAAUCUCAAAAAUUGUAAAAAUAUUUUUUUUAAAUUAGAAAAAAAACAUUAAAAAUGACUUAAAUUGUUCCUAACUUAAGUAACUUUAAAAAUCUAUGGUGUGACACAAUUUUAACCUCACCUUAAUUUAAAGAUAACUAAACGUGAAGUGAAAUUUAGCCGGUUCAAAUAUAAAUAUGAAUUGGUACAAAUAAGUAUAGCAUUUUAUUUUUUAAGAGGUAAUAGGUAGUCGUUGUGCUAUAAAAUGUGUGUUUUUUUAGAAAAAUACACACCAAAAUCCGAACAUAAUAUAUUCAAGUAACAUACAUUUGUUUAAUAUAUUAUCGUAUAACUUCGUGAUUAAUAACAAAUUUGUAAUAAAAUAAUAUGAAAAUAAUAAAAAAAUAUUUAUAAUAACUUAUUUAAGUUUAGGAAUUAAUAUGAGUUAAACAAAUAAUACAUGAUAACCACAUUGGUUAUUUAAGAUUUUUACACCAACUGUGUAACGUUUACUUUGAUGUUGAGAUAUACUUAAUUUAAAAAUACAACGAUCGUUUUAUUUAAAUUAUAUUAAAAAAAUUGGGAAAAUAGGAUACAUAAAUGUAUUCAAUUUAUAUCUGUUAGUAAUUAUAAACCAUAACGAAAAAUAAUUCUGAGUGAAGUUUAUUUUUAAAUAAUUAAAUCGGUAACGUCGUGACACGCCGAAAAUAUUUAUCUGUUUUUCCUAUACGUUUUUUUCGGUUUUCCCAGUUAUUAUAAAAAAACACUUAAACAAUCAAAAAAUGUACAAUUAGAUCAAAAAUGGAGCAAGAUUUCUGGUAAACAAGUUGUUCACAGACAGAAAUUUAAAAAAUAAACAAAGAAAAAAAACACACAUGGGUAGUAAAACUUAUGCUACUCUCAGAAUCUAAAAUUAUAAUAACACAAUAAAUUAUUUAUUAUGUUUGUUGAAGGCCUAACGAAUUAAUUUUUAAUUAAUUUGUUAUGGUACGCUGUUAUGUUAACUAAAACCAUCCUCAAAUUUGUUUUACAAUUCACACACGAUUCAACAUUGAAUUUAAUCUAAAAAUAUAAUAACUAAAACUAAUGCAAUUAUAUUAUUUGACGACUAUCAAUUAAAACUAAAAUUAAAUAUUUAAUAGGGGCUCGCAUCCACCUUUGGGCUCGUUCAAUAUAACACCAACUAAAUCAAAGGACGUACAAUCGGUACAAUCACCACAACCCAGCACUUUAUCGCCAAUACCAUUCCACGUAAGUUAAAACCACUAAUUGUCUUUGUAUUUAUAUUACUGAAAUAAUAAUAACAUUACAAAUGAUAUCAAAAUAAAUCAGUAUCUACUGCACUAGUACCUAGUUAUUAAACACACUUUUUAGGUAAUUUACAUUGUUGAACAAAUUACAAGGUACGUAUUUCAAUACGUACCUAUAUUAAAUAAUUAUAAUGUAUCAUUAUAAGCUAUAACUUAAGUAUUAUACAUAAGAUAUAAGAAAUAUAAUACAUAAUAUAUACCUUAAAAUUUUAAGUAUAAAAAGAGCUGAUACUGGGGAUGGGAGCGGCCACUGUUGUAAGUGAGAAGUUAGGAAGGUAGGAUACAUUAGAUUAUUACAUUUAUAUCUAUAAGCAACGAUAGACCAUUGUUUGACGAAAGACGAUAACGAGCGCAGUUCGGUAAUACAUAAAUUGAAGUGCCAUAAUUUUUUUUUGCGAUUUUCGUUUAAAUUUGAUUUCAAAACGCUUAUUAAAAAAAGGAAAACAAGUCGUCCGAUGAUUUUGGAAAUUUUAUCACGACUAUGUAAGUCCUUUAUAAGUAUUAUUAUUAGUUUCAAGUAUCUACGUGUGUAAUCGAAUUACAGCAAAAUACUCUCAAAAAUUUAAAUUCCUUAAAAGUUCAAAAGUUUUGGCGAUUAUACCGUAAGAAAUUAAAUCAAAAAGGCAACAAAACAGAUGCCUUGUGAUUUUUCAAUUAAAUCAUUUUUUUUGGUAGAAAACGUCCGUGCUUUAUAAAACAAUAAAAUCGUGAAAUUGUACGUUUUCCUGCGUUUUUCCCACUUAAGUGCUUUUAUUUAAAAAAAUGGCAUCAAAAAUCAAAAAUAUGACUCCUCUUAAUCUAGACAACUAUGUAUAUUAGCUAUAUGUCUUGUUCUAUAUAAUCUCAUUAUUUCUAAACAGCUGGAAUACAAAUCUGAUUGGACCAUUUAGUUUAUCGCCUUUUAAUUACACACCGGACAUAAUUCCCGGGCGUAAAAUUUUCAGGGGGGUAUUUAUUUCCAAAUGUAACAUUUUCAGGGGCGUAUUCACGUAUUUUGAUUAUGUAGAGUGAUCCAUAUAACGUAAGAUACUUAUUACAUCGGAGAGUAUUAAGUUUCCGGAAUUUGUUUUUUAAAACAUUGUUAGAAACUAGCCGAUCUAAAAUGUCACUUUACCGUUAUUUUUUGUCAAGCUCAUUUUGGGAAGUGGAAACACUACCUACUUUUUAUUUUCAAAUAGAAACCUAUAUUGAAAAUGCCAUAAAUAGAUGAAAUUUUAAUACAUUUUGGUGUAAACAUUUUUCACUUCCAUCAACCUAUUGAUGAGAUAUUCCACUUUUGAUUUCACCGUUUAGUAGGUAGAAGGAGAGUAGUAAUAGAGUAUCACUUGUAAGUGGAAGCGCGGUUUGCAGUGCUUGAAUAGUGCACUACUGCUCUAGUCCUAUCUGUAAAAAUUAUUUAUGUUUCUCAUUGAAAUUAUUUUGGUAUUAUAUUUAUUCUUAUUGAAGAUUUUUAUAUUAUGAAACAUAUUAUGUUUACUAUACAGGCUCCAAAAGCUCCUAGUCACGUUAACGCCCCCAAACUUCAGGUAGAUCAAUACUAUAAGUGGAUAAUUUCUAAACUAACACUUGUUGAUAUUCACCUAAUCCAUUGAAAGUUAUAUUUAAAUCGUAUUAAUGUUUGUAUCCAUAACAAAAAACAAUGAGGUUUUUUAUAAUUUUUUUUGAAUUUCAAUUUUAUAAGUACUUAAUUGUUAGUUAGUUUUUUUUUUUUAUUAUUGAUCAUAUGCUUAAAACGCUUACAUGAUAAAUAUUUGUGCAAUUUGUUGCUUUAUGUUUUAUACAGUCACUGACGUUGUCUUGACCAUCAAUUAUAAUAGUUCAUGGCAAUGGCGCAAUUUAGAAUUUUAAUUAUAAUGAAUUAUGAAACGAGUGUCGGUCAUUAUUUAUAAUCAAAUAUGUAAGACAAGAAAACAAAACAAAAAUAAUAAUCGUUGAAUUCAUAGAUAUUCUGGAGAAGAUUAUAUAUUUACGAGUAUAUGCUUACCUACAUCCCUUUAUUCUCUACAUAAUCUUCUCUAGUUGCGCCAUUGUAAUAAGUGUGUAAAUUAAAAUUUCAAUGUUAUCAAGUCUUAUAGUAGACUUGACAGUGUGUCUAGAACGUAUCAAUAUGUUGAUGUAUGUUACUAUUGACUAGGUGUGAACAAUAUUUUAGACACGCCGUAUUUAUAUGUAAUUAAUGCUUUAAAAAAUGCAAUGAAACUAACAUUUAUCAGUGAUGUUUAAUUGAGUAGGUACCUAUACACAAUUUGUUUGCAUGGUUUAAGUAUAAUUAGACAAACAAUUUGAAUUUCAAUAAUUUUCAGACUCCGUCAAAAGUCUUUUCAAAUGCAAAACCAUACGAGGCACCAAAACAAACACCGACUCCACCGAAAUUCACUGGUGGAAGUAAUCAAGUCAUUCAGUCUGGUAAGUUGAAAAAUUAUAUUCUAUGUUUAAUAUAUUUUUAAGUCAAUCAAGUAGCGUCGCUAGGUUAUAGAACUUAAAAAACAUCUCUUCUCUUAAGUUAAUGAAAUCAAAAUUUGUUUAUUGUUAAAUUAUUACAUUUUAAUUAGAUAACUAUUUUAAAAAUUUUCGCUGCUAAAUCGUUUUACCCUUUACGCACUUAUUUUAUGUAUAAAAUAUAAAUUACCUAGCGACAAAUCUUGUAAUCUAGCUGGUAAUUUAUUUUUAGAAAUAUUCAAACAAUAUUAGAUAGACGAAUAGUCAUAAACAAGAUAUCUUUACCUAACAAAAUAUAUUUCAAGAUCUUGUAGUAAUAUGCAACGAGUACAAAUAACAUUUUUAUUAUUCGGUAUUUUAAAUAAUAAUAUACAUAUUAUACGAGUAGGUUAGGUCACCUAACUUAACCUAUACGAUAUUUUUUUCAAUUCAUCAACAGAUAAAAAAAAUAUAGAUGUAUUAAACAUAAUUUACAAAAACAAUUAAAAUCAUUAUUUGUCUGUAGGAUUCAACCCUGAAUUGAAAACCAAAUCUAAUUUUACAGGUAACAUAUAUACAAUAUAGUUAUAGGUGAUGAUUACAUAUAUAGGUACCUAUAUGGUAUACCUACUUAUUAAUAUGCGUAAAAAUAAAACCAUUCCAUAAUUGAUUAUUAAUUGAACAUUAUAAGUUAGUAGUGACUAUGUUUUAUUCAAACACCAACACUACUUUGUUUGAAAUAGUAGUAGGUGGUAAAUGUAUUCAAAUACCUAGAUCAAGCAUUUUAUUUCAACGAAAUUAUCGAUUAUGGAAUUGGUCUACCGCAGUAGUUAAUCUAAUAAUUAUAUUCUGACUGGAUUAAAUACAUAAAAUCAAAAUUAAAAUAUAUCCAUAAAACAAACAAAUGAAAAAUAUAUUUUAAAUUAAUUCGUUUUAUAAGUAAAAAUGUUUAAAGAAAAACAAAAACGGUUAAUAUAACGGUAUUUAACUAUUUCAAAUAUGAUUUUAGUAAUACAAAAUAGUAAGCGAGUACACUGAACAACGGAUCCCGACGAUAAAAAAGUUCGUCUCAAUAAACUCAUAUUAUCACAUGAUAGUGUUGUAUAAGUACUUAGAAUUUUUACCCAUCAAUUAUUUUACUCUAAAAUCUAUUUGGACGAAAUUAGAACCUAUUAAAACCAAAACGCUACGUUCCUUCUAUAAUUUCUGAAAAGCGUUUUAUUUUUAUUAAUUCUCGAUCUAAGUACCUAAUCCAAUUAUUUAUUUAUAAAGUUGUCACAUACAAUUUUUUAAAGUAAAUGUAGUUUCUAAUAACCAACAAUUUGUUUUCCGAAAAAUAAAAACAUCUAAAAUUGAUUAUGUAACAUAAUAAGUACCUACUGAUUUUGUUUGUUGAAACUUAUUGUUUUCACUUUUCAGACAUAAAACCAUUCAACUCCAAACCACGUCCCUUUUCAGUUGUAUUUAAUGUUUAAAUAUCUGCAUAAAUAUCCUAAAAGCUUAUGUUUUGUUUUGAUGAUUUUAAAAGUUUUUGUAAGUGACCGUUUUUGUUUGAAUUAAAUAAUAUAGUAGAGAGUAAGGUCAGAGCAUAAAAUAUAUAGAUGCCUAAAUAUUUUAAAAUAUAAUUAUGUAUCUAACAGGCUAGAAACAAAUAUAAUCAAUAGUCCUUAUAAUUAAUUUUACAAGUUAAUCAGUUAUAAAAAAAUUACUUAUAAACAGUAUAUUAGUAUAUACAUUUUAUUAAAAAAAAAAAAUAGCAGAAAACAAAUUAAUCAUUAUUAUUUUCAUUGGUUUUCUGCCUUAUUUGCUAACUUUAGACGAACCUAGAUACAGUACUAAUUCUAUACCGAGAUUACCUUUCCUAAAACCAAAACCAUCGACCGGUUCUGCAUUUCAUCCUGUAGUAUCCAAAUCAGCGUCUUAUGAUUAUGGAAAACGUGCAUCUCUUUGUUCCCAAGAAGUCGAUCAUACAAUGAAUGAUUUUAAACACUCAUUGAACGAUUCAAUUGCAGCUCAGUCAUUAAUCAAAUCGAAUAAAAUAGGGAGACCACAAUCACCAGUUCCAGAUGAUAAAGGUCAAGAUUUUACUUCUGCGGAGGCACCACAUGAAGUCCGAUUCUUAUUACCACGAUAUAAUAAUAUUAGAGCAGUUUCACCAAAUCAAUUAGUAAUUUUUCCACCAGAAAUUCCACUUCAAUAUCGCAGUUACUCGAAAUCGCCAACAAUAGAAUCUAAAAAAAAAUCUGUUUCACCAGUUAAACCCGUAUUAGUGAAUACUUUAAAAACUAAUUCUGUGAAAAAAGAAAGCGCUAUUUCUCAAUGUCCAGAUAAGUAUAAUUUUGAAAUUGCUGAAUUAAAUAACUUACCUCUAUUUCAUGGUAAAAAAGGUCCAAUGAGUAUAGCUAUGGAAAUAGCUCCCGAUCGGCCAUUUACUCCACUCUCUGUUAUCGAACCAAUUAUUAAACCAGCACCUUGGAUACCGCUGCCCAUAGAAAAUGAAAAUAGACCGGAAUCACCAUUAGUAGAUGCAUUGAAGACAGCUCCUAAAAGAAGUUAUUCACCUUUACCUACUUUUACGUAUGCUUCUGAACUUCCUCUUGCACCAAUAGAAGAUUUCAAUCAAGAAGUUAAAAAUAUUAUUACAGUAAAUGAAAAGUCUGCAUUAGCUCGAAAAUCUACUUUUCGAGUAACUGAGACAAACAAUUCAGCUAGACCUAUAGGAAAUAAUCCUGUUAGAUAUAUGCAUGGAUAUAACAAUAACACUUCUGCUGUAUUAUUGCAAAACAAGGCCACACUAUCUAAACCAAUGCCUCCUACAAAUUUACAAAAAAGUCAAAUAACGGGUAUAGAAUCGAAUUUAUAUCUAUCUUAUAACAAACCUUAUAUUAUUGGCCAUAACAAAUAUAUAGAAAGUAAACAUAAUUUAAAUGAAACGAUUAUAACUCGUGUGCCUGAACUCGAAGAAAACAAAAAAUCUAAUCCUCAACAUGCAUUUAUUAGUCCAGAGCAUAAUGUACCGUUGAAUAAUUUACAAAACGAAUACAAUUUAAUUAAACCACAACAAUUAGACAUUUUAGAAAACAAAUCUAUUUCACAUAGGUCUAUAGGUCCGGGUAUUAAAGAUAAAGUAUCUACAUUUACAUCAAAUACUUCACAAAAUGAUACUCCGGCUCUAAAACAAAAAACGAAUGAUCAUUGCAAAGUGUCUCAAAGUUUAGACAUGGAUUCUAUGUCAAUAGAGUACGGCUCUUAUAUACAUAAAAGUAACCACCCAAGUGCCAUAAAAUUAAAUAAGGCAGUACCAUUUUUCUCUAAUAAAUCAUCUUUUCCUCCUUCACAAAAAUUAAUUUAAUGGUUUUUAUUUAAUCUUCUGAGACACUUUCUAUAAAUAUCUAAAAUAUUUAAUUUCAUAUUGCAUCUAUGUUUUUAGACAAACUUCAAAUUAAAGCAUUGUAAAAUUGUAUCCUUAACAUGAAUAAACAUGUAAUUUUUUUUUUUUUUUUGGCUCUGUUUUAAAUUAAAUAUUUCAAAAAAUAGUUUCAAACAAAAUUAUACAAAUUAUUCAAUUUUAGUUUAUGCUUUGAAAUUUGAUGGGUUUAUUUAAUUAGUGGUGACUUUUUAUAGCUAAUCAAUUUCAGUAGAUGAUUAGAAUAUAAUACUAAAUAUACUUAUAAAUUAUUAUAAUUUAUAAUAAUAUGAAAAUUAAUUACAAUUUUAUUUGAUAUUUUACCUUAAAAUACUAACCAUAAAAGAGUCUGAACAAUUUCUUAACUCCCAACCAGAAUUACCUUUUUUUAAACCACAACCUACGACUGGUUCUGCAUUUUGUCCUAUAAUAUCAAAACCAUUGACGGUUGAAUCAAAUAAAUCUCUAAUGUCAUACACCCAGGAAGUAGAUCACACACUUAGUUCAUACAAACAAGUGUUAUGUGAUUCAAUUUCCACACAAAUGCUAAUAGAAUCGUCUCAAAGAGAGCAAUCUCAAUCACCAUCAAUAGAAAAAUACAACGAUAUAAAAGCUAAUACAACGACCGUGCCUCAUGAAAUUCGAUCUCUAUUGCCACCAAAUAACAAUAUCAGAGCAAUGUCACCCACUCAUAUCGUAAUUUUUCCGCCAGAAAUUCCACCGGAAUAUAGAGCUCACAAUAGGUCAAAGACAUCUACACCACAACCACAACAUGAAAUCAACAUUGAAACUAAAUCACAAAGUAAAAUUAUUUCUUCUAACGUUGAUCAAGUAAAAGACACAAAGUCUCAAUCUAAUGUCGAACAGUUAAAAGUUGUUGAAUUUAAUUAUGCCAAAGAAGUUGAAAACCAUAAUGUUUCAAAAACAAAAACAUCAUGUACUUUACAUGAUCAAUCGCCUAUUUAUAUUACUGAACCUACAGUAAAACCAAAAUUACCAGUGACUACAACUGAAGAGAAGAGAUCAGAAUCUCCUAUGCUGACUGCAUUAAAAAUAGCACCCGAAAGGAGUUUUUCCCCUUUGCCUACUUACGUUGAUGUUUCUGAUUUAAUUCCAAAACCAAUUGAAAAUAUAAUUGAAGAAAAAAAACCAAUGACCAUGGCAGAUGCAUUAUCUAUAGCUCCAGAUCGUAGUUACCAAUUACCCGAAUCAAGAAUAACUAAACGAUCUGUUGGGAACAACUCUGUAAGAUAUAUGCAUGGAUAUAAUAAAAAAACACCGGCAGAACCUUUAUUAAUGACAAGAUCAUUGAUAUAUUCACCUAUGUCGGCAAUUGAUACGGAGGAAGAACAAAUAGCCAUUUUGGGAUUAAAGUCAUUUCCCCCUGUUUCGGAUGAGCUUAAAUUGUCAACAGCAGCUGGAGAUUUUGACCGCGAAGAAUCUAAUUUUGAAACCUCUGAAGAAAUCGUAUUUGAUAAGCCCAACAAAGAAGAACCACUAAAUGAAGACAUUGAUAUUGUAGAACCCCCUAAACCAGCUCCUAGAUAUCCGUUUACUGCUUCAGGUCUUCAUGAGCCACUAGAUAUACCACGAUAUCAACGAAAUAUACCAGAAAACCCACAUCGAGCUACUCCUAGUGACAAAUCUUCUGAAAAGUCAACACGUUCGGAAGUUAAAGGUAAAGUGAAAACAUUCACGCCAAAACCAUCGAUAAAAAACACUUCCUUUUUAAAACAAGAAUCGAAUUUAAAUUGUAAAAUUGCUCCCGUCUUGGGAUAUAAACCAUCAUCAUUAGAAGGCGGUCCGUCCAAAUCCGAAAAUGUUGCGACCAAUUUCAUAAAACCAAGAGAUUCACAGCCUGUUCUUGGUCGUAUUUAACAUUGAAUUACUAUACUACUAUACAUUAAUCAUUAAUAAAUAAACAUUAAUACCCUUUUAAGAAACAUUAGAUUUAAAAAUUAUUAUUUUAAUUUCAAAUUAAAUAUAUUAAUGAAAUAGUUGUAAAAAAAAAUGUACAUAAUUAAAGACGCUAGAAAGAAAUUGGGAUAUUUAAAUUUACCUAAAAAGUGAAAUUGGUUAGUUUUAGUUAAAACAUUUUCUAAUUAUAAUUAUAAAAUAUAAAACAAGAUUUAAAAUUUUAGAACUUAUUAUAAUAUGUUUAAAGUUUAAAUUAAUUACAAUUUUUAUUUGGUUUUUUUGUUCUUAACAUACUAACCGUAGACGAGUGUAAAAAAUCGAUUAACUCCCAACCAAGAUUACCUUUCUUAAAACCAAAGCCUUCCACUAGUUCUGCAUUUUGUCCGGUUAUAUCAAAAUCAUCAACGGUUAACUCAAGCAAUGCAUCCAUAUCAUAUACCCAGGAAGUAGGUCACACACUUAGUUCAUACAAACAAGUGUUAUGUGAUUCAAUUUCCACACAAAUGCUAAUAGAAUCGUCUCAAAAAGAGCAAUCUCAAUCACCAUCAAUAGAAAAAUACAACGAUAUAAAAGCUAAUACAACGACCGUGCCUCAUGAAAUUCGAUCUCUAUUGCCACCAAAUAACAAUAUCAGAGCAAUGUCACCCACUCAUAUCGUAGUUUUUCCACCAGAAAUUCCACUGGAGUAUAGAGCUCACAAUAGGUCAAAAACAUCUACACCACAACCACAACAUGAAAUCAAUAUUGAAACUAAAUCACCAAAUACAAUUUUUUCUUCUGGCGUUCAUCAAGUAGAAGGUUUAAUUUCUCAAUCGAAUGUCAAAUGUUUAGAAGUUUUUGAACCUAAUUAUGUUCAACAAAUCGAAGAACAUGAUUCAAAAACGAAAACAUCUAAUACUAUACUACAUCAAUCACCUAUUACUGAUGCUAUCGUAAUACCAGCGACUAACUCUAAUGUGAAUAGACCAGAAUCACCCGUGGUGACUGCAUUAAAUAUAGCAUCUGAAAGAAGUUAUUCUCCAUUACCUACUGUCAUAGAUCACUCUCAAUUAAAUUCAAAACCUAUAGAAAAUCUUCUCAAGAAAGAAAACCCAAUGAUAAUUUCUGAACAUUCGGAGAGCAGUUACAAAUUAAGCGAAUCAAAAAAUACUACAAGACCUGUAGGAAAUAAUCCCGUUAGGUAUAUGCAUGGAUAUAAUAAAUCAACGCCGGUAGCACCUGUAUUAAUGACAAGAUCAUCGAUAUAUUCAUCAGCAUCAGUAGUAGAUUCGAAAUCAACUUUCGAAUCAAUGCAGAUAUCUAGUUCAGGAUUAAAAUCGUCCUCCCUUAAUUCAGUAGAGUCUGUACUUCAAUCAGCUAAAGAUUUUAAUCAAAGUGAAUCCAAUUUCAAAUAUGCUGAAGAAGUGGUAUUUGAUGAACCCAAAAUCAAAGAGCCCCAAGAAUCAAUUAAUGAAGAAUUCAACUCAGUGAAACAUAAUAAAUCUAAAAAUACUGAUAAUCAUGUCAUUAAAUCAAGCAAUUAUAAUGACCCCGUUUCAUCUAAAAACACGUCAAUCGCCAUAAUUCAAAAAUCCUCUCAUGCACCCCAAUCCAUAAAAAAGUCUUUACCGUUAAUAGUACAGCCUUCUCUAACUAACGAUACUUUUGUAGAACCGGUCGCUCCUAUGCCUAAAUCAUCAAUUCCUGCUGCAUUGUUAGCUAAAAAAUUAACAUGUCUCAUAAAAAAAACAAACCCUAAAUGUAUUCCAACACCUAUACCCAAACCCGAUAUAGGUGGUCAGCCGGUGGGAAGAACUGGUGCUUCGGCUGGUCUUACUGCACCCAGAAGAGGCCGUGGAGUGUUGAACCCACAAAAUUUAACCCCAGGUGCUAGAGUGCCGCUGUGUGGACAGUGCAAUUUAUACAUAAGGUAAAUAAGAAAAUGCGUUUUAGGAUAUUUGUGUUUUUGUGUGCAAUAUUUAUUAAAGUUUUAUAUUUUAUUUACCUACGAUUCAGGUAAGAUUCACAAUAGACGUGUAAUUGUGUUAAACACAGCACCAGUUUUUUUUUUUUUGUACAUAGCUAACGUUUUGGUUUUUAUAACUCACUUUAGUUUGUGUUUGUUUUGCUUUUCACGUUAUUAAUAAUCUCCCAGGACUUGAAAAACUUACAAUUAAAGAGGACGUCGACAAUAAUGCGCUGCAGUUAAUUAAAAACCCCGAAUGCAACUGUUGCCAUACCCAAAUCACAAGGUUUGUUAGCUUUAUGUUUUUGAUUUUUGUUUGUAUAUUUUCAUUUUUCGUUUUACCGAGGCUAUAAUUUCCCAUUAUAUACAGCUAGUUUAUUUAUUCUUCAAUUAUUUAUCUAGGGGCCCAUUUAUUACCGCUCUUGGCAAAAUUUGGUGUCCGGAACAUUUUAUAUGCACAAACGAAAAAUGCAGACGUCCAUUGCAAGAUAUUGGUUUCGUGGAAGAAGACAACGGCCUUUACUGCGAAUAUUGUUUCGAACAGUAUCUAGCACCGGUGUGCAAUAAAUGCACUAAGAAAAUCAAAGGGGUAAUUAGAUGGACACUAAUUAUUUAAAUACACCGUUCGAUAACGUAAUAAUAAUAUUAAUUAUUAUUUAAUCAUUAUUUUAUAGGACUGCUUAAACGCCAUUGGUAAACAGUUCCAUCCUGAAUGUUUUAAAUGCACGUAUUGUAGCAAGCUCUUCGGUAACAGUCCGUUCUUUUUGGAAGACAGCCUUCCUUAUUGCGAAGAAGGUGAGUAGUUUGAUUUGAAAUAAAUACAUUACGUUUAUAAUAUAACGUAUUAACAUACCAAUGAUAAUGCAGAUUGGAACGAAUUGUUUACGACCAAAUGCAUAGCUUGCGGUUUUCCUAUCGAGGCUGGCGAUAGAUGGGUCGAAGCAUUAAAUAACAAUUAUCACAGUCCUUGCUUCAAUUGCUCGGUAAGUUUUAUUUUUCAUUUGUCACUCAACUUCUGCCAUCAAUACAAAUUACGUUCAGUUUUUAUAUUUUGUUCACGUUGGUUUUAUAUGAGUAUACAAUUUGUUUUAUUUUGUUAUAGAAAUGUAAGGUGAAUUUGGAAGGACAGAGUUUCUUUGCCAAAGGAGGAAGGCCGUUUUGCAAAAGCCACGCACGUUAAUAAUUCGAAAUUAUAAAUUUACUUAUGUGAAUAAUAUUAUUAAUUAUUGUUAACCAAAAAAUUAUUGCUGACGUGUAAAACUAUGUGGAACGUUUUAUUUAGUUUAUAGCUUAGUAAUAGCUUAAAUAAUUAGACGCUUGGUUUAAAAUUGUAUUAACAAGAAUUGUAUCUUAGAAAAAAAAAAACAUUUAGGAAUUAUUAUCUUAAUUAUAUUAUUAUACCAAAACGAAACGUGUGUCAGGUAUACACAUUGUCAUUAGUAAUGUGAAUAAUAAUUAAAUUUGUAUGUACUUAUCUAUUAAACUAACAAAUCAAGACAGUGACAAAUACAUAUAAUUUCAGUAAGCACCAAUAUAUUUUAACUAAAUCAUAAUAUUUUAUUAUUCAUAGUAAAUUUACCUUAUUCUUAUACAAACUAUAAUUAAAAUAAUAUUUUAAUUUACCUCGACUUACCUAUUCAACAGUAAUUUUUUUUUUUUUUAGCUACCUAUUUAAUUACGGAACUAUAUGUAGUUUGGCUUGUUAUAUUUUUAUUUCAAUUCAAUAAUUUAUAUCAAUAUUCGUAUUGAUUUGGCUUUUCCUAUAUAAUAUGUUACCCAUUUGAAAUAUUAUAGUACCUAUAUUUAAUCGUAAUUAUUUUGUUCUACUUAUUUCCUUAUACAAUAUUAAUUUACUCAGUUGUUUUUAUUUGCACUUGUAGCAAGUACCUAGGUUUCUAUACUUGCUCGAAAAAAACAUAUUUUAAAGGUUAAGAAUUAAGGUGUAUAAACGUUGAUUAUAUUUGUGUAAUUAUUAUGCAUG